AUGUCCCUGAGCGAGCUGGCGCUGCUGCGCUGGCUGCAGGAGAGCCGCCACUCGCGGAAGCUCAUCCUGUUCAUCGUGUUCCUCGCUCUGCUGCUGGACAACAUGCUGCUCACCGUCGUGGUUCCCAUCAUCCCGAGUUACUUGUACAGCAUGAAGCAUGAGAAAAAUGUUACAGAAAUUCAGACUGCCCAGCCAGUGCUCACGACCUCCACCUCAGGAAGCUUCCAGACCAUCUUUUCCUACUAUGACAACUCUACUAUGAUCACCAGGAAUGCCACUGGCGACCUUCAGGGGGGGCAGCCACAUAAGGUCACUACCACACAGCACAUGGUGACCAACACAUCCACUGCCCCUUCUGACUGUCCAAGUGAAGACAAAGACCUCCUGAAUGAAAACGUGCAAGUUGGCCUGCUGUUUGCCUCCAAGGCCACAGUCCAGCUCCUCACCAACCCUUUCAUAGGACUGUUGACCAACAGAAUUGGCUAUCCAAUUCCAAUGUUUGCAGGAUUCUGCAUCAUGUUUAUUUCAACAAUUAUGUUUGCCUUCUCCAGCAGCUAUGCCUUCCUGCUGAUUGCCAGGUCCCUGCAGGGCAUUGGCUCUUCCUGCUCAUCUGUAGCUGGGAUGGGCAUGCUUGCCAGUGUGUACACAGAUGACGAAGAGAGGGGCAAUGCCAUGGGGAUCGCCUUGGGAGGCCUGGCCAUGGGGGUCUUAGUGGGUCCCCCCUUUGGGAGUGUGCUCUACGAGUUUGUGGGGAAGACUGCUCCAUUCCUGGUACUGGCUGCCUUGGUGCUCUUGGAUGGAGUUAUUCAGCUCUUUGUGCUUCAGCCAUCCCGGGUGCAGCCAGAGAGUCAGAAGGGGACACCCCUAACCACCCUGCUGAAGGACCCAUAUAUCCUCAUCGCCGCAGGUUCCAUCUGCUUUGCAAACAUGGGAAUUGCCAUGCUGGAGCCAGCUCUGCCCAUCUGGAUGAUGGAGACCAUGUGUUCCCGGAAGUGGCAGCUGGGCGUUGCUUUCUUGCCAGCCAGUAUCUCUUAUCUCAUUGGAACCAAUAUUUUUGGGAUACUUGCACACAAAAUGGGGAGGUGGCUCUGUGCUCUUCUGGGAAUGAUAAUUGUUGGAAUCAGCAUUUUAUGUAUUCCUUUUGCAAAAAACAUUUAUGGACUCAUAGCUCCCAACUUUGGAGUUGGUUUUGCGAUUGGGAUGGUGGAUUCGUCCAUGAUGCCUAUAAUGGGCUACCUUGUAGACCUGCGGCACGUGUCUGUCUAUGGGAGUGUGUAUGCCAUUGCAGAUGUAGCCUUUUGUAUGGGGUAUGCUAUAGGUCCUUCUGCUGGCGGGGCUAUUGCAAAGGCCAUUGGCUUCCCAUGGCUCAUGACAAUUAUCGGGAUAAUUGAUAUUGCUUUUGCUCCUCUCUGUUUUUUUCUUCGGAGUCCACCUGCCAAGGAAGAAAAAAUGGCUAUUCUCAUGGAUCACAACUGCCCCAUUAAGACAAAAAUGUAUACUCAGAAUAAUAUCCAGUCAUAUCCGAUAGGUGAUGAUGAAGAAUCCGAAAGUGACUGAGCCUAUCUGAAGUCAUCCAAGUGUUUAAUUGUAUACAAGUGUUUCCAGUGAAAUGACUCGUGCACAGCUGUCUUAGUCACCAUCCAUCCCUGGCAAAGAGUAAACAACCAAAGGCAAUUCUUUCUUUUCCAUAGUUAUGAUCGACUGCCAACAGCCUUAUAAAGAAAAAGCGGCUUUUCUAGGGGUUUGUAUAA